GGCUUGGCGCCCGUGGGGGCGCUGAUCGAGCCCGACCUGCCCGCGGCCCGCAGGCGGCCGUCUCGCCGCGGCCAGAGGGCGCGCGACGCGCCCGGCGGCGUCGCCGAUUCGUUGAACGGGCGUUCGCGCACGUCGGAUGCGGCUGCGGAGCGCGGGCGGCGCGACGCCCAUCAGAUCGAGAGCCGCGCUCUGGCGCUCGCAAGCCGCGCGGACCAGCCCGCCGCGAAGGCGCAUGCGCUGAAGUUUGCUGGGCGUCUUUUUUGCGAUGCCCCUGCAGCUGUCCGCGGUGAUCCUGGCGCCUCGGCCAGCCUCUGGCGGUCUCUC